AUCAUCAGCAUUCAGUGGCAAAAGAACAAGCAUGAAGGCGUUUUUAGCAUUUGUAGCUAUUCUAGCAGUUGCAGCCGCAACUGAAGAUAAAUCUGAUAAGAAAACUGCUAAGCGCCAGAUAGAUGGACUAUAUCCCGAUGUUGGUUUCGUGUCUGAUGGCAUUAGUGGAUACAUCCCUAGCACCGGUUGUGGCUCAACUGCCGCAGUCGGUACCUUAGGAGUAGGAUCAGUAAAUUCGGUUAGCUCAUUGGGAUUGAUAGGUUCAUCAGGUUCAUACUACAAUACCUUACCAUACGGAGCUGCCGCCAAUAUUCAUGAUAGCCACGAAGUUCGUCACAUAACCCAAAAAGUACCAGUACCAGUAGCUCAACCCUAUCCAGUUACUGUAACCAAGACCGUACAGGUACCACAACCAGUACCCGUUGAAGUCCCAAGACCGUACCCAGUUCACGUGAAAGUACCAGUAUCUGUCGAAGUACCAAAACCAUACGAAGUUAGAGUACCCAAGCCAGUACCUGUACCUGUAAGAGUGAAUGUACCAUAUGAAGUACCAAAACCAUACCCAGUACCAGUCACCAAGACUAUUCCUGUACCAGUUGAAAAGAGAGUUUACGUCAAACAAUUGGUUCAAGUACCUCAUCCAGUACCACAACCUUACCCAGUACCAGUUACUAAAUACGAACAAGUUAAGGUACCUGCUCCAGUUUACGUAAAGGAACCCAAAGUAGUACACACUUACUCGCACUCUAACCAACAUCUUCCUGGAAACCAAAUCGUGCUCAAACCAGUCGUCGCACCUCAAGCACCAAACUACGUUGGUUCUGCAUACGGAUAUGGUUUAGGCAGUUAUGGAAUAGGCGCCGGUUACGGUUCCGGAAUUUCUAGCGCUUACACCACAGGAAUUACUGGUCUUGGAACUUACACAUCUGGAAUUGGUUCAGGUAUCUCUGGUCUUGGAACUUACACAUCUGGAAUCGGCUCAGGAAUCUCUGGUCUUGGAACCUACACUUCUGGUAUUGGAUCUGGAGUAGGAACUUACUCUUCAGGAGUUUAUGGCACCGGUUCAGGUCUUUAUGGUUCAGGUAUUUAUGGAGGUUACGGAUACGGUUCAUACGGUUUGGGAGGCAAUAACGGACUUUACACCAGUUACAGCCAUGGAAAUAACUACAAUGGGUUAUUGAAAUCUUACAUUCCAAGCAAAUUGGGUGGAUACAACGCUUUGUAAUUGGUUUCCCUAUUACACAAAUUUAUGACUACAAGUACAGUGCAACAGAUCUAUGAUAAGAGGAAAUGUUUUUAAAAAAUUAUGGUUUUUUCCUAGUCGUAAAAAAUAAAUAAAUUUUUGUCAAAAUUUAGUUUUGGAAAUUUGUUAAAAAAUUACAGGCACUUCAAUUUUUAAUGAAUGAAUGUUAAAACUGUAAAUACAAAAUAUUUUGUAUA